AGACCUCAGACACCUAAAGUUAAAUUCAAUCGUAUCCAAAGUUCGUUGACAUUAACGAAAAUUGUCAAUAAUAAAAUUAAAAUGAACUUGCCCUGUUUAGCCGACUUGCGGCGCUGCGCAAGGGGACCAUUCACUAAACAUGCGCACAACGCUGCAUUGCUACAAAAUCAACUUCACUCCGUAGCUGUGAAUACCGUGGAAAGAUAUUUUUUUAAUUUUAAUAUUCGGCACGGCGUAAUGCAGUUGUUAUCGUGCAUUGAAAGUGAUCUUUAUUAAUGGUGCAGGAUAGCGUAAAAAUGUUUAGGUGAUCAUAAUGUAAUAUACGAAUACACAUCAAGAUUAUAAUUGAUUAUAUUGAGAAGAAAGAGCCACCAUGGACAACGAGCAGCCCCACCAGGAACUGGUGAAAUGUGUGGUGGUGGGCGACACUGCAGUCGGGAAAACUCGGCUUAUAUGUGCACGCGCUUGCAACAAGCAUGUGUCCCUGUCCCAACUGAUGACAACACAUGUGCCGACUGUUUGGGCUAUUGACCAGUACAGAAUUUAUAAAGAUGUCCUAGAAAGAUCUUGGGAGGUUGUUGAUGGUGUCAAUGUAUCAUUACGUUUGUGGGAUACAUUUGGUGAUCAUGAGAAGGACAGAAGAUUUGCUUAUGGCAGAUCGGAUGUGGUCCUCCUGUGUUUUUCCAUAACGAAUCCCAUAUCAUUGAGGAAUUGUGGAGCUAUGUGGUAUCCAGAGAUCAGACGAUUCUGCCCCAAUACUCCAAUACUGCUGGUGGGUUGCAAGAAUGAUCUUCGGUAUAUGUACAGGGAUGAGACCUAUCUCAACUAUUGUAAAGACCGGAGCCCUUUUAUUCGGGCACCAAGAAAAAGCGAUCUAGUGAUGCCAGAUCAAGGUCGAGCCCUAGCUCAUGAGUUUGGUAUAUAUUACUAUGAGACAUCGGUAUUCACAUAUUAUGGAGUGAAUGAGGUAUUCGAGAACGCAAUACGAGCGGCUUUAAUUGCACGAAGACAGCAAAGGUUUUGGAUGACCAACUUGAAGAGAGUUCAGAGGCCCCUGUUGCAGGCGCCGUUCAGGCCACCGAGACCAAUGGAACCUGAAGUGUCUGUCGCAAAUAGUGUUUACUUGGAAAAUAUGACCACCUUACUGAGGCAACAGUAUUUCUCGGAUAUGGUGAUCAUAUGUGGAGCAAAGGGUUUCCCCGUACACCGGUUCAUGAUGGCGGCUGCUUGUGAAGCAUUCCACAGACUCCUUACCACGGACUGCGUCAGUCUAUCUGCUGAACUGGCUCGGAGCUCCAGUGAGAGCAGCAUGGUAAGCAGCAUGGGGGAGGCAACUACUGGUGAAUUUAAUGAAGACACAGAGUACUUGAUACGACAGGAUCAGGCUAAACAGAUGAGGGUAUGGGACCAGAUAAAAAGGCGCUCUUCUUGCCAAAUCCUGCCGUUGAGCGACAGCUGCAAGAAACCGCCAGACUUGUACCGGGAGGUCAAUCACCCCGCCAUAAACUCGAUACGAGUCGUGAAAUGUGACAAAAUCCAGCACGCCACGUCACAGACCCAGACUAUAGUGACCAUGAGCAAGUUAAUAUCGCAGAACGUCAUGCAGGAAAUCAUCAACUUCAUAUAUACAGGGACAUUGGACAGCAGUGCCUUUAAACAACAGUCCGCUGCUAUUGGAUUACUGCUGGAAAUUCGUCAAGCAGCCGAGCUACUUGGUUUCCACGAGUUGACCAAGCUGAGCCAAUUCAUCCUCGAUCAGCAUUUAUUAUUCGAUAAGGGAUUCAUGCUGCAGUUUCAUACGCCAUUACCCCAAAGACUUCGCGAUAUGUACGUAGAGCGCAAUUUAUUCGCUGACGUCACAUUUGAUCUCGAUGAUGGAAUACAUCUUGCGCACAGAGCCAUACUGAUGGCCCGGUGUGACCCGAUGAAGGCCAUGUUUCAAGGUCACUUCAGGGAGAGCACUUCGAGAGUGAUUUCAUUUCCGGGUGUGAAAAUGUAUGCGUUCCAUAUACUUCUCUGCUAUAUCUAUUCGGAUAAAAUACCGAUGGUGGAGCCCAUUCGAUGUCUCGAGUUACUCGAGUUGGCCAAUCGAUUGUGCAUGAAUCGAUUAGUGAAUUUGGUGGAGGCCAGAGUUAUAGAUCAGUUGCAACAUCAAGAUAGAGUAUGCGGCGAGGAUGACCAAGUUGUUGAGAUUGCGUUGUCUCUGUUGGAACCUGUCAAGCUGCAUAACGCGAUGCACCUAGGCGAGUGGUGCACGUGGCGGCUGUGCGGCGCAUACGACCGCGUGUGCCGCGCCCGCCACCUUAGCGCAGCCUCGCGCGACUACCUCGCCGACAACCGCUGGCCACCCGUCUGGUACGUGAAGGAGUAUGAUUAUUAUCAGAAGUGCGUAACCGAACAGACGAAGGAACAGAAGGAGAUACGGCCCACCACGUCGCUGCAGGCCAGCCAGCAAACCGGAUGCUUGUGUUUUACAAGCAAAAAUCGUCGGGAAAGCAGCGAGAGUGCCGGUGGAGGGGAAUCAGCGGGCGGCGGCGCGGUGGGGGCGGGGUCGGCUGACGUCACCACGGCAUUAUGCCGCACUGCAGACGUGCCGCAGCCGCAUCCGCCGCUUUGACACCUACCGUACUGGAGAUCCCUCCGUUUCGCGGUGCUCUUACCAGUAUCGAUGUGCUUCAUGAGCACUAUACUGACCAUUCUCAUACUUUUCCACAUCUACACUUAAAUUAUAGACACUACUAAUAAAAUAAUUAUUAUAGUUAUCAUUGCACUCGACUUACGUAACACUU